UUCAGAAAUGAUUUAGCGACACGAGUAGAGGAACCAAACAUGAAACUGCCUCUGGGCAUCACACUUGCACUCUUCUUGAUACUUCAGACGUUCCAACAAGCGUCCACCCAGAUACCUGAGGAUUGGGAAAGAAAUAAUGAGACUACAGGCGACAAAGGAAAACAACCACAUAGUGAGGAAAUAACUGCUAAACCAACAGGAGAAAGUAAGGCAGACAUACAAAGCAAUGUAGACGCACAAGCCAACCCAGAGAGCGGUACAGAAAAUGAAGGACAACCAUUUGGCACAUUUAAUUAUAGUGAAGGAGGAGAGCAGAAUUCCACAAAGUUGGAUCUGAUGCCUGAGCAGUCUGUUGCUGACACAGAGGAAGCUAGUUCUGAGGGUCCCAUUGCUACAACAACACCACCUCCUAUGAUUGCACUUAAUUCAAGUUCUGAGCUCUCAGAUACAUCAGCAGAAUCCAAUGAAACACUGACACAGGACACAAAUACCUCCACACCAGAGCCAGAACACACAAAUGAAUCUACUCUUAUUGACACAUAUACCAGUCCACAACCUGAGACUACCACAACAGAGAGCAGCCAUGAUGAAUCGGGUUCUGGAUAUUUGCCCUCAGAUGAUGUACCCACCAACAGCACUACUAAGAGUCCGACCACCACAACAAAAGAUGAAAGCGUCCAGAACAAAACUACAGUGAGUCCAACUGAACCACCAGUACACAGAACUACAACGGCAGUAAUUCCACCGACCGUCUCUAAGGACGUCAUGACUCCUGCCCCAGACAGUGAGGAUACAAACCAGACCAAACCUACUGACACCAGAGGGAAUUCUGAAAGAGGUUUAUCUUCAGAUGUUUCAGAUGUUACCGAAAGCAAGAAAGGGCAGGCAUGGACUGUUGUCCUAGUCAUUGGGAUUAUGGUGGGGGCCCUGGCUUUGGGAGCAUUUAUCAUCCUGAAUCGAAGAAACAAAAAAGACUUCUCACACAGAAAACUGGUGGAAGAGAUGUCACCUGAUCCAGUUCUCCGACUGGACAACAGUGAGCCACUCGACCUGAAGUUUGAUGGAUUUGGUUACUACAAUCCAGGACUACAAGGGGACAACAUCCAGAUGACCAACUUUCCACAGGGACAUUCAAAAUGAGAACAAAUCUGUGAUGCCAAAGACAUUUUUUUUAAUGUUGCAGCACCCAUGUGAAGACAAAAGGAUGUAAUUAAGAAAUUAUUGUAAUUUUUGCCAAAUCA